CUUCCAGACAUACAGCCAAUAGGCACCGAGUAUAAUAUGAUGGACAUACAAGUUAUCCAAUCACGUACAAUGUCCUCGUUGCACACGCGCCAAUCAGUUACUAGGAAACCGGCAGCGCGCGGAAGAGGAACGUCUGCAAGGGCUAUUCGUUGGUUAAAAACUACGUUAGCAACGGUAAUUUGAGCUAGUAAAUGCUACGGUCCGGUAUAAGAAUAAUAAAACGGCUUGUCUCCAGUAGAUUGUAUUUACAGAGAAUGUGUGAAAACCGAUAGGGGUAACUGUUAGUUAGCUAUUCGUUAUAAUAGGUAAACUAACGUUAGCUUCAACGUUAUUCAAUGGUUACUGCUAACGCAGAAGGUGGCUAGCGUUAGCUGAUAUUAAACGGUCUUAAACCGCAGCUAGUUAGCCAACUAGCUAACGUUUACCUUAGCAGGCGUCCUGCAGGAGACCUACGUUAGUAUUGUUUUGUAAUAUCAGUCUCAAGUCGUUAUGAACUUAGAGAGACCAUUUCUCUAAGUUGCAUUUCGGUUACCGACAGUGAACGUGUGGUUGUAUCAUUCGGUGUUUUUCCCAAUUAGAAAUAAUAUAUACAAAAGUGGAGAUAAUGCAUCACGUCAAGAUCAAGACUGAAAGGCCAGAUUUAGAGGGGACUGGUGCACGCAGCAGAUUGGAUGCUGUGUUGAAGGGACUGGUAGAGAGGACUGAAAAUGAAAGGGAGCAAAAUGAGGGUGAUACUGGAAAAAUAUCAGCGGACUCUUUAAGCAAGGAUUUGUCUCCAUCAUCUGCUGGAAAAAGGCCAUCAGCUCGAUUUUCACAGCACCGGAGGAAGAAGCGAAAAGAGAUGGAUGAAGGAAUGCAAGAGAGCAAUCAUCAUAAACAAAAUUCUUACAUUAUUAAGUUGUUUGAUCGCAGUGUGGAUCUGGCUCAGUUCAACACCAGCACCCCACUGUAUCCUAUCUGUCGUGCCUGGAUGAGAAACAAUCCUUCUGUUAGAGAGCCAGCUGCUUCCCCAAGCCCCUCACACAGCCUGGUAGAGGAAGAGGUUACAGACAUGAUCAAUGGUAAAGGUCAGAAUGUGUACAGACUUGCUCCUCCAACCUCCUGUCCAAUCAGUCCAUCUGGUGAACCCAUCAAUCUCAGGAUCCCACUGACUGAAAAACCCACUGUUACCAAGUUAACAGAUUCAGCUCCUGUAUCCAGUUCUCUCUUAUGCGACCACAUGGAACGUUGGAAAAAGAUACGGCAAAAAUGGAAGGAGUGCUCUAACAAGAACCAGUUAAGGUACAGCGAGAGUAUCAAGGUCCUCAAGGAGAUGAAGGAGCUCUAUGAUCACUAACUGGCUUGUAGCUCUCCACCACAGAAUGGACUCGAUGCUUUUGGAAAGGAGCCAUGGCAUACACCUGUCAUCUGCACAGACACAUAAGCAGAAGCAUGAACAGAACAUUGAGCCUUGAAUAGACCAUGUAUCCUAUGCAUUGCAGAAAAAAAAGGAUGUGAGGAUGUUUCAGUUUGUUGCAGUUUAUGUGCGUUGUGUGGGACUUUUUAUUCAUAAAAAAAUCUUUGUAGACUUCUGAAUUAGUUAAUUUGCUCAUCAGUAGUGUUUUUCCAGAAGCACUGUGACUUGUGUAAGAUCAAUAAUAUUAAAGUUGAUUCAAGUUCA